AUGGGGCUUUCGUUUGCAAAGCUUUUCAGCCGGCUUUUUGCCAAGAAGGAGAUGCGUAUCCUUAUGGUUGGUCUUGAUGCUGCUGGUAAGACCACCAUUUUGUACAAGCUCAAGCUUGGUGAGAUUGUUACCACCAUCCCGACCAUUGGGUUUAAUGUGGAGACGGUUGAAUACAAGAACAUCAGUUUCACGGUGUGGGAUGUCGGGGGUCAAGACAAGAUCCGUCCCUUGUGGAGGCACUACUUCCAGAACACUCAAGGUUUGAUAUUUGUUGUAGAUAGCAAUGACAGAGAUCGAGUUGUUGAAGCAAGAGAUGAACUUCACAGGAUGUUAAACGAGGAUGAGCUUCGUGAUGCAGUACUGCUUGUGUUUGCCAACAAACAGGAUCUUCCAAACGCAAUGAAUGCUGCUGAGAUAACUGAUAAGCUUGGACUCCACUCUCUCCGACAGCGUCAUUGGUACAUCCAGAGCACAUGCGCCACCACCGGUGAGGGACUGUACGAAGGUCUGGACUGGCUCUCCAACAACAUUGCUAACAAAGCUUGA